AGGAGUCAAAUGUAGGUGAAAAGAAGGGCUGCAUCUCAACGAGCACUGAUUCCAGAGAGGCAAAUACAGCUGAUCAGCAACACCUGUGACACCUGCAGGAUGGGUAUAUGUAACCUGCCACGUGGCUCAGAUUGCAUUUCCUGUUGGUGGCUGCAGUAAUGGGAGCAUUUUGGGCCUUGAUUGUUGCUGUGCUGGCUCUCUGGUUUACCACAGGCUCUGGUUUGCCGGUUGGUGACACAAAUGAAAUGCGUAGCAAUGGACCGCAGAGGACAAUGAGAGAUGUGUCUCCUAAUGACCCCUCCAUAAAGAAGGUCCUUACGCUUCAACAGUCCCAUGAGUCUGUGUUCCUGAAGAAGUCGAAAGAAGUUCAACUGGAAACCAAUGAAGUGGAAGUUAAGGAAUCUGCAGUCUACCUGGAAGUUGUUGAACAUGCGCAGAACAGAGGCCGCAAGGGCAUAUUAGGGGACGACGGCAACGCAGGCAACAGCACAGUGGGCGACGACGCAGGCAGCAGCAACGGCACCCUAGGGGACGCAGGCAACAGCACUGUGGGCGACGACGGCAACGCAGGCAGCAGCAACGGCACCCUAGGGGACGACGGCAACAGCACUGUGGGCGACGACGGCAAGGCAGGCAGCAGCAACGGCACCCUAGGGGGCGACGGCAACAGCACCCUAGGGGACGACGGCAACAGCACUGUGGGCGACGACGGCAACGCAGGCAGCAGCAAUGGCACCCUAGGGGACGACGGCAACAGCACUGUGGGCGACGACGGCAACGCAGGAAUCACCAACGGCACCCUAGGGGACGACGGCAACGGCACCCUAGGGGACGCAGGCAACAGCAACGGCACCCUAGGGGACGCAGGCAACAGCAACAGCACCCUAGGGGACGCAGGCAACGCAGUCAGCAAUAACAGCACCCUAGGCGACAGCACAGUGGGGGACGAAGCAAGCAGCAACGGCACCCUAGGGGACGACGGCAACAGCACUGUUGGCGACGACGGCAACGCAGGCAUCACCAACGGAACCCUAGGGGACGACGGCAACAGCAACGGCACCCUAGGGGACGCAGACAACAGCACUGUGGGCGACGAGGGCAACUUAGGCAUCACCAACGGAUAA